GGAGAAGACGGGCGCUUACGACUGCGAGGCGCUGCUGAUUGUUCAAGAUUUCAUCCAACGCAAACACGCACAGGCCUACGGCUAUGUUUUCCUUGGCGGUCUUGUUCCUCGUACAAGCUCUUCAACUUUCAUGCCAGAACGAAGGAAGUCCACUUUUUGACAUGGAACGCUUACCCCUCACCUCGCAAGUGGAUACGUCCAUAACGUUUUCAUGGCGUCGACCGAAAUACAACUUCGAUUACUACAUAGUGGAAAUCAUGGAGGACAACAUAGAGAAAAACGCAAGUGAUAGGUCUCAGCGCCUGGGAUCGUGCAUCUUGUUCAACGGCCACUUCCCGAGACCAAACUGCCCAAGAGUACAAGCGUGCACCUACGUUAGCCUGAAUGUGACGCCGGUUAUCACCGGGCUAACAAUAAGCCUUUUCCCGGUAUCUCGUACGCCAAGCAUUUUCGUUCCCGCUAAAGAUCCUGACCCGCCAACCAACAUCACUGUCUUUCAUUGGUCACCAUCAGCAGCGCUAAUUGAGUGGAAUGCUCCAGUGAGGGUGCCCGGAAUACUCUCUACAUACACAGUUAACGUGUGCAAGGAUUUUGAUAGAUGCGAUGAAGAUGGCUAUCUGUACAGUUGCUACAAGAGCGAAGUAAACAGCACGUGGCUGUUUCUUACGCACUCUUUGAACAUGACUCUUUGUAUCUCGGUCACCGCAAGCGCAGUUUGCGGUGCUCACACCUACAGGAGUCUUGCAGCGUUUGCGGAAGUCAGAUUAACUUCGUUUGUGGUUCCCGGUAUCCGUAAUCUUUCUCUGAAGAGUGUGGGGCCCGACUUCUUCGCCAUCUCUUGGGCACAACCCUCGGUUCAGUUCGAGUAUUACUGGCUCGAAGUCUACGAUGUCGGCGAUGGAAGCGCUACAACACAAGACAUAGGCUCUUGUGCUAACGGUACUAUCAUUCACAGAGAUCAAACGCAAGUCACCUGCGACAAGUUCAGACCGUGUGCGAACAUUACUAUCACGGUGCACAUGAAAUCCAAGACUGAUUCCAAUAUGACAUUCAGCGGGGCCACGCUGCGCGGGAUAUUCAUGCCUGGACGAGUUCUUCCCGAAGUCGCCAACUUGACAAUGGCAGUCAUGCACAAUGAUUCCAUCACUGUGUCGUGGCAGCGACCAAAGGGAUGCUUCGAAGAUUACGUCGUUCAAGUCACCGAAGAGAAAGAAAGACAGAACAACGGUGGAAAAACGCUCAGCGUUGGCUCAUGCGGAAAUGCGACAAUCGUUGAUGCAAGCAAAACGAAUAUAACCUGCAGCAAUAUCGAGGCAUGUAGCGUGAGCGUCAUCGUGCGCACUCGCAGAACGGGAUCACCAGAUAUUACGUCACACGGCGUCACACUGCAAGAUGUCAUCAUGUACAAAAAGGAUUUGCCGACAGUGCAAUAUGCUGUUCGAACAGCUACAGACUCCUUGUAUUUGCAAUGGGCGCGUCCAUCAGGCUGCUUCGACAAAUAUAAAGUGGACUUCUCAUACAGUACCUCAAACAGUGCUGGCCCUGGACGAGGCGCACCUUUCUGUGCCGGAACAACAAUCCUGAACCCGGACCAGACAAGUUUUUUGUGUGCCAAUACGCCGCCAUGCGGCUACGCGAACGUCACAUUGGUCACACAGCGCGAUGGACCAAAUGGAAGCACUUCACGAGGAAAUGUAACUACAGUAGAAUUAGGAAAAUUCGCAACCUUGGAGUUUGACCUCCACCUGCAAUAUCUGACGCAAACGUCGGCCAUCGUUAACGCAGAAAGCCGCAGCAGACAUCAGUGCAAACAAGGAUUGUGCACGGCAUAUGUAUCCGGUGGUCACCUUUACAGAAAUUCAGUACCAUGUCGAAACGGCUAUGGCUACUCCAUGGUGUCAAUUGACAAUCUGCGCAGCGGUGUCUUCUACACCUGUUCAGUCACCAUCAAGAACCCGUCAGGUCAAGUGGAGAACACCGGAACCAUUGGAUUUCGGACUCCAUAACGUCUCACAUAGAACGAGCAGACGGGGAAAGCUUGUGCGAUAAGAGAAGCGUACCACGUAAACGGAACGAGUCUCCAUGUACCUUCCUUGCUGCGAUAUUUUCACCACUGUGUGCAUG